UUUGACAUAUGCAGGGGGUCUCGCUGCAUGCCACAUAGCGUGCGCGUCGGAACGUGAAAAGGUAGCGUAGUAACGCGUUAUAACAACCGCUGCGUCACCGAUGGCCGUGACGGUCACGUCAAGUUUGGCGAGCGUAUCGCGCGGGCCGUCCGCGCGAUAGUCCCCCGUUGUACCGGUCCUGUAACGGCUCCCAUUUAUUCAGUGCCACUUAUUUGCGUGGGUCGAGGACUUCUGAGAUGUACGCGGCGGGGUUUUGACACGUGGUAGCUGUGAAGUGUGGCAGCUGUAAAUCAACAGUCGAAGUGAGAGAGACCCCCCCAGACAGCCAUGUCUAGAUCCAGUCGGCGGUACAAGCCUGUGCAGGCGGUCAGCAGCAGCAGCAGCGUUGCUCUCCCUGGCUGUGACCGGGUCCGGAUGCCCCGUGUCCGCGUCCUGAUGUUCUGCUUAUUCGCUGUGUUGAUCCUGGCAGUGACGCUGGGGAUGUACCUGUCCAUCGACACGAGUAGUGACCUUAUAAACCGCAUGCCUGCUGUAGAUCUAGUCAAAGACAGGCUGUCCCACAAACCCAGCAAGUGCUCUCCGGCUCAAAUGCGUCGUUUGGCCUCCCAAGUAGACGGGACACGUCUGUGGGAGACUCACCUGAGACCCAUCCUUAUAGAGAGGCUGCCCGGAACACAAGGCAGCCUGGCUGUACGACAGCAUAUCUCCUCCAUACUGUCUUCCCUGUCAGCCGGCUGGACUGUAGACCAAGACCCCUUCUUCUCUCAAACUCCUCGUGGCCAAGUUACCUUCACCAACAUUAUUGCCACCCUUGAUCCUUCAGCCCCUCGUAAACUGCUCCUGACCUGCCAUUAUGACUCCAAAGCCAUGCCUCCAGACCCCCGUGCCCCUGAGAAGGUUUUUCUAGGGGCUAGUGACUCAGCUGUGCCCUGCGCCAUGAUCCUAGAAUUGGCUACUGCUCUGGACGUCCAGCUCAGAUCACUUAAACAGCAGCAGAAGUCUCCGGUGACUCUUCAGCUGGUGUUUUUCGACGGGGAGGAGUCAUUUGAAGAAUGGACAGCGACAGACUCCCUGUAUGGUUCACGUCACCUGGCUGAACGCAUGGCAAAAACACCCCACCUGCCAGGCUCUACACACACCACCAUGCUGCAGGCUGUGGAUCUCUUUGUGCUACUGGACUUACUUGGUGGUCCUGACCCGUUGAUUGUGAAUCACUUUGACAACACAGCUCGCUGGUUCGACCGCCUGAUUGCUGCAGAGAAGAGACUUCAUCGACAGGGUUUACUGGCCUCUCACCCCUCGGAGCAGACCUACUUCAGGAAGGACGUAUACCUCGGACCUGUACAAGAUGAUCACAUCCCCUUCCUGCAUAAAGGUGUUCCUGUGCUACAUGUCAUCGCUACACCCUUCCCCCAGUUUUGGCACACAUUGGAUGACACGGAGGAAAACAUGCAUCGACCCACAGUGGAAAACCUCACCAAGAUCCUGGCUGUCUUUCUAGCAGAAUACUUAGGCUUCUAGACCAACAUGGCGUGUGUUGAUACCGAAUCACAAACAUUGAAAUGUCUUAGUGGACUUUCUCCGUUCAGCAGACCUACCUGAGGGACUGCACUCUCCGGCAGGAGUGUGGUUGAUGGUCAUCAUGCAGAUGAUGAAAUAGGCAUCCGGAGAAAAUCUUUACUUGGCAAGCCGGUCAGUCGACCAAUAUGUCAGCUUCCGGGUUUUAAUGCAAUUGAAAGGAGUGGACUUGACCCAGUGUUUUAGAGAAGGACCUCCAAAAUGGCCCCUGUGAAAUCCACGUAAGUGAUACAAGCACAGUAAUGUAGAUGAGCUUGACCAAAGACUUCCUGGACUUGUAUGAGGAUUGUGCAUGAGGCUGUUAUCCCAAGUUCCUCUACGCGUUGCUGUACACACAAAUAGCCUCACGUUAAAGCUUAACGCUAGCUUUAUGGUAGGACGAGGACAGCUAGCUAGCUUUAUGGUACCCUUUUUUCUCUGAAGAAGCAGCUGGGAACACUACUCUGUGAAUUUAAACACCCUUUUAUGAAGAGGGUCUUCAUUUUUUUUUCCAAGCUGCAUUAUUCUUGUGAAAAAUGGCCGCCUUCUCCCCGCCUUCAACCUUAUUAACGGGACUGGGAUUCUGUGGUGACUUUUAACCCUGCGUCCCUUCGGGAUUUUAGCAGCGCUCUGAGCCAGGUUGACACUGAUUUGAGGAACGAGAGAAAGACUCGAGCGAGUCCUGUAAGAUUACAAUCGCCUCGACUUAAGCUUCUCUUUAGCUUUACGUCUUACUGUCAUUCAUCAGUAUGUAUUGUAUGCUGCGCUUUUUUUGUUGUUUUGCUACUGUUGUUUGAUAAAAAAAAAAAGAAUGGAAUUAAUACUUUACUCCAUGUAAAGGGUGAAAUUAGAUCAUUCACAUUACACGGUUGGAUGACCAUUUUCUUUGCAAAGCAUUUUGUGUUGACACAGGAAUAACAUCAGUUGACAAGAAACAACCACACACUGUGUAUGUUACAUACUGAACUAACUCAGGAGAGGCCUUCCUGCAUGAGGCUCAAAAAAAGGGGGUGGGCGUGAAAGAGAUUGAAGUGGAGGGCAGCCGUGGAGUGAACUAGGGCUGCCUGGAGGUGAAAGGUCAACGUGAGCGGAGGGAUCGGUUUCUCUCACGAUUCCACCAGAGCCAGAAGUCUGGAAACUGGAGACGGGAAGAAAAUGAGGGGAAUUAAAAAGCAUGGACUUGUGCUUUGCAUUCGUUGCAUCUACUUGCACUAGAAAACUGGCUGUGUGUGUGAGCGAGCGAGCGGGAGAGAAUGAUAAUAAAUUAGAACAACUAUUGUCUUAGUUUUGACCCUUGGAUCGUCUCUGUCAUGAAAAUGUCUCUCCUUGGUGGAGUUCGAUCAUGUGUUUCUCUGAUAAUCGCCCACAAACGGCAACAAGAGGUUGCUGUUCCCAGAGGGCCAACCCAUGUUUUCCUGUUCUGCCUGGUUUGUCGAAAACGAAAGACACAUAAGGCCUUUAA